AUGCAUUUCCCCACGAUUCUGUCUGCCCUCGCGGUGGUCUCAGGCGUCUUAGCAGCCCCCGCCCCAUCUCAACUCGAUACUCGCGCUGUAGUCCCGCACAGCUCCCUCAACCCAGUUCGGACCCGCCUUCAAGGAGGGGCGAUUGGCCGUGCUAUCCUAAAGUACCAGCCCUUGCUACACAUCGCCCACGGCUGCCAGCCCUACACUGCGGUUGACGACAAUGGCAACACCAGUGGAGGACUUCAAGACACUGGCAAUGUCAGCGCUGGAUGCCGUGACCAAUCCAAGGGCCAAACUUACGCUCGAGCAGCCUGGCACAAGGGCAAGUUCGCUAUCAUGUACGCAUGGUACUGGCCCAAGGACCAACCAGCUGCUGGCAACGUCGUAGGCGGCCACCGCCACGACUGGGAGAGUGUCGUCGUCUGGCUCGACAACCCGGCGAAUGCCAACCCUCGUAUUCUCGGCGCCGCUGCGUCGGGUCAUGGUGGCUACUCGCCCACCACGCGCCCCAACAUUCAAGGCAACAACGUCAAAGUGGAGUACUUCGUCAGCUUCCCAAGAAACCACGCUCUGCAGUUCACCAACACCGUUGGUCGCACCUAUUGGAUCAACGACUGGGAUGCCAUGCCCAACGCUGCGAGGCAGGCUCUUUCGCCCUCGACACUCUUUGGAAAGGCAAAUGUGCCUUUCAGGAACGACGUCUUUGCUAGCAACUUGGACAAGGCUUUUGUCUAG